AUGGACACUCAGUCCUCGCUGGACGGGAGGGCUGACCACCUGAAAUACGGGGAGGCUCAGGAGACUCCCCCUCUGAGGAACUAUCUCUGUCUCACCAUGUUCACCUGUUUUUGCCCUGCAUGGCCCAUCAAUAUUGUGGCGCUGGUUUUCUCUCUGUUGGCCCAAAAGAGCUAUGACGAAGAGGACUAUGAUGGCUCCAAGCGUCUGGGUCGGAAAGCUCUCCACUUAGGGAUUGUUUCUUUUGUCAUCGGCCUUGUGAUCGUCACUGCGUACACCGUCGUGCACUUUACCACGGUAUGA